AUGUUUCUUCGCUAUUUUACAUGCCUCAAAACUUUUGAGCCAUUAAUCAAUUCGAAUAAAUCAUCUUCAUCAUCAUCAUCAAGUCGUGAUUUAUUCAGAACGAAUUUGAUAAAUAGUCAAUCAAAUUAUUCUACUGUUAAAGUGAACCCGGUGAAUAGAUUACUGAAACGUAUAACAUCCCCAACAACUAUUAAUUCCUUAUCUUCUAUUGCUUUUUCCACUUCAUCUAAUAACGAUCCAUAUAAUUUUGAUCUUUUAUGUAAUUCUCCUACUUCAUCAAUAAUUUCUAAUGAAGCUGAUCAUCAUCAGAUGAUCAUCACCUCUACUACUAUUACUAUUACUACUACUACUACUACUACUACUACUACUACUACUACUACUACUACUACUGCUGCUGUUCUUCCUAUUCUUCCAUCUUCUUGUUGUAAUACUAUACAAUCGUCUAUCAAUAAUUUAACACUAAAUAAUGACAAUAGUACAAUAUCAUCAAGUGAUUUAUUAUUAUUUUCAAAAUCUGAGCAAAAAAGAUUUACUGAUUUAUGUAUUAAUAUUUUUAAUAACGAGAAUGAUGAUAAUAAUCCCACCAUUAGUUCGCCCAAUUCUCCAAUUUCCUCUAAUCUUAUAUGGAAUACUACUCAUGCUAUAAGUGGUAAGAAUAAGAACCACAACAACGAACGAGCAGCUAUAUUAUCAGUGAGAAAGGAACAUACAAUGAACAAUAAUAAUAAUAAUAAUAAUAAUAAUAAUAAUAAUAAUAAUAAUAAUAAUGCUUCAUCUAAUUAUUCUGCUACUAAAGUUAAUCCAAAUGAAACGCCUACUAGUUUAGUAAAGCAACCAGUUCAUCCAAGAACAACAUUAAAAUGUCCGUUUUGUGAUAAAGUAUUCAGUAAUUCCAGUGCUAUCGCUAAGCACAAGCUAACACAUAGUGAAGAACGUAAAUACAUUUGUAUUGUAUGCCAUAAAGCUUUCAAACGUCAAGAUCAUUUAUGGUGCUAA